CGGCCGGGCUCCGAGGGGGGCGGGUGUCGGCGGCUCCCCUUGCGGCCCCAGCCCGUCUAGUGUGAGGGCGCUCGCCGCGCGAGGGGUCGCAGCCUGUGGUGCCAGACUCCGGGCCGGAGCUGGCCUGGAGGAUCCUCCGGAGCUUGGGGCCGGGCAGAGGCGACUGGGGGAAACAAGCGCUGCCCUCGCGUCCUUGGGAUCCGAGAUGGGGUCGGUUCGGUUACAAGCCUUGAACUCUCGGCGGGGCUGAACAGGAUCGACGUGGCAGGGAGCCCCCGAGCAAAGUCAAGCACCGCCUCUCACCUGGGUCCUCAGCACCUGACACCCGGAGUGGAUGUCUGGAAGGUUUGCUCAUCACCCCCAGGACCACUGGCUGCCCACGAGAGAUGAAAGAUGGCGUCCAAGGGGGCCGGCAUGGCUUUCUCCCGAAAGAGCCACAGGCUGACCUCAGAUGCUGAGAAAUCUAGGGUCACAGGCAUCGUGCACGAGAAGCUACUGGACAACUACCUGCACCGCAUCUUUUCCUCUACUGAUCGUGCACCCACGGCAGCCACCAGCAGGAAACUCCUGAACUUCCAGAACCUGCCAGAGCACCUGGACCAGUUGUUACAUGUGGACGAGGAGGCGGAGGAGGAGGAGGAGAGCCAGGGAAAGGUUGAAGGGCGGCUUGGCCCGUCCACUGUGGUCCUGGACCACACGGGUGGCUUCGAAGGGCUUCUUCUGGUGGAUGAUGACCUCUUGGGGGUGAUUGGACACAGCAACUUUGGUACUAUCCGCUCUACCACAUGCGUGUACAAAGGGAAAUGGGUCUACGAGGUGCUCAUCUCCUCCCAGGGGCUCAUGCAGAUUGGCUGGUGCACGAUCAACUGCCGCUUCAAUCAGGAGGAGGGGGUUGGAGAUACACACAACUCCUAUGCCUACGAUGGCAACCGGGUGCGCAAGUGGAACGUGACCACGACGAACUACGGGAAGGCGUGGGCAGCGGGGGACAUUGUGAGCUGCCUGAUCGACCUGGAUGAAGGCACGCUGUCCUUCUGCCUGAAUGGUGUGUCUCUGGGCACUGCCUUUGAGAACUUAUCCAGGGGCCUGGGCAUGGCCUACUUCCCAGCCAUCAGCCUCUCCUUCAAGGAGUCUGUGGCCUUCAACUUCGGCAGCCGUCCCCUGCGCUACCCAGUGGUGGGCUACCGGCCCCUGCAGGACCCACCAAGCGCUGACCUGGUUCGGGCACAGGAGUUGCUGGGCUGCUUCCAGGCAGUGCUGAGCGUGGAGCUGGACCCCGUGCAAGGGCGGCUGGUGGAGAAGGAAAGCUCUGAGUGGCAGUUGCAGGGCCAGCCCACCGUCCUCCUCACACUGGCUCACAUCUUCCAUCGCUUCGCACCGCUCCUGCGCAAGGUGUACCUGGUGGAGGCCGUGCUCAUGAGCUUCCUGCUGGGCGUCGUGGAGGCGGGCACCCCCGCACAGGCGCAGUCUGUGGUGCACCAGGUCCUGGAUCUCCUGUGGCUCUUCAUGGAGGACUAUGAGAUGCAAGAUUGCCUCAAGCAGUUGAUGAUGUCCCUGUUGCGGCUGUACCGGUUCUCGCCCAUCGUCCCUGACCUGGGCCUGCAGAUCCGCUACCUGCGGCUCACCAUUGCCAUCCUCAGUCAUGAGAAAUCCCGCAAGUUUCUGCUUAGCCACGUCCUCUUCGACGUGCUCCGGUCCGUUGUCUUCUUUUACAUCAAGAGCCCCCUGCGUGUGGAGGAGGCUGGCCUACAGGAGCUCAUCCCCACCACCUGGUGGCCCCACCGCUCCAGCAGGGAGGGCAAAGACAGUAAGGAGGUGAAGGACGAAACCUCCGAGGAGCGGCUCCGGCGGCGUGCCUAUGAACGGGGCUGCCAAAGGCUCAAGAAGCGCAUCGAAGUGGUGGAAGAACUACAGGUCCAGAUCCUGAAGCUGCUGUUGAACAAUCAAGAUGACAACGGGGGCGAAGCUUCUAGGUACAUCUUCCUGACCAAGUUCCGAAAGUUUCUGCAGGAGAAUGCCAGCAGCCGGGGGAACAUGCCCAUGCUCUGCCCCCCCGAGUACAUGGUCUGCUUCUUACACCGCUUGAUCUCGGCCCUGCGUUACUACUGGGACGAAUACAAGGCUUCGAAUCCAUGCGCUACCUUCAGUGACGAGGCCUACAUCCCGCCCCAGGUCUUCUAUAAUGGCAAGGUGGACUACUUCGACCUGCAGCGCCUUGGAGGCCUCCUCUCGCACCUUCGGAAGACCCUCAAAGAUGACCUUGCCUCUAAGGCCAAUAUCCUGAUCGACCCACUGGAGCUCCAGGCGGCCACCAUGGAUGACCUGGAUGAGGAUGAGGAGCCAGCCCCGGCUGCGGCCCAGCGCCCCAUGCAGGCCCUGGCCAUGGGGGGUGCGCUGCCCCUGCCUCGGCCCAGCUGGCUCAGUUCUCCAACCCUGGGCCGAGCCAACCGCUUCCUCAGCACAGCAGCUGUGAGCCUGAUGACCCCACGGCGGCCUCUGAGCACCUCAGAGAAAGUGAAGGUCCGCACACUGAGCGCGGAGCAGAGGACCCGUGAGGACAUCGAGGGUAGCCAGUGGAAUGAGGGCCUGCUGGUGGGGCGGCCCCCCGAGGAGCCUGAGCAGCCCCUCACCGAGAACUCCCUGCUGGAAGUCCUGGACGGUGCCAUCAUGAUGUAUAAUCUCAGCGUUCACCAGCAGCUGGGCAAGAUGGUGGGAGUGUCCGAUGAUGUCAAUGAGUAUGCGAUGGCUCUGAGGGACACAGAGGACAAGCUCCGCCGGUGCCCCAAGCGGAGGAAGGACAUCCUUGCAGAGUUGACGAAGAGCCAGAAGGUUUUCUCAGAAAAGCUAGAUCACCUAAGUCGCCGUCUUGCCUGGGUCCAUGCCACCGUUUACUCCCAGGAGAAGAUGCAGGACAUCUACUGGCUGCUGCGUGUCUGCCUGCGGACCAUCGAGCAUGGAGACCGCACAGGUCCUCUCUUUGCCUUCAUGCCCGAAUUCUACCUGAGUGUGGCCAUCAACAGCUACAGUGCUCUCAAGAAUUACUUUGGCCCUGUGCACAGCAUGGAGGAGCUCCCAGGCUAUGAAGAGACCCUGACCCGCCUGGCUGCCAUCCUUGCCAAACACUUUGCCGACACACGCAUCGUGGGCACUGAUAUCCGUGACUCGCUGAUGCAGGCCCUGGCCAGCUACGUGUGCUACCCAAACUCUCUGCGGGCCGUGGAGCGGAUCCCUGAGGAGCAGCGUAUCGCCAUGGUGAGGAGUCUCCUGGCUCCCUAUGAGCAGCGGCCCUGGGCCCAGACCAACUGGAUCCUGGUGCGGCUCUGGAGGGGCUGUGGGUUCGGGUACCGCUAUACACGGCUGCCACACCUGCUGAAAACCAAACCUGAGGAUGCCAAUUUGCCCAGCCUCCAGAAGCCCUGCCCCUCCACCCUGCUGCAGCAGCACAUGGCAGACCUGUUGCGGGAGGGUCCUGACGUGGCACCCAGCUUCCUCAACAGCGUCCUCAACCAGCUCAACUGGGCCUUCUCUGAGUUUAUCGGCAUGAUCCAGGAGAUCCAGCAGGCUGCUGAACGCCUGGAGCGGAACUUUGUGGACAGCCGGCAGCUCAAGGUAUGUGCCACCUGCUUUGACCUCUCGGUCAGCCUGCUGCGUGUCUUGGAGAUGACCAUCACGCUGGUGCCUGAGAUAUUCCUCGACUGGGCCCAGCCUACCUCUGAGAUGCUGCUGCGGCGUCUCGCACAGCUGCUGAACCAGGUGCUGAACCGGGUGACAGCUGAGAGGAACCUGUUUGACCGCGUGGUCACCCUGCGGCUGCCUGGCCUGGAGAGUGUGGACCACUACCCUAUUCUGGUGGCAGUGACAGGCAUCCUGGUACGACUCCUGGUGCACGGCCCAGCCUCAGGGACAGACAGAGCCACAUCAGUGCUCCUGGCUGAUCCCUGCUUCCAGCUCCGCUCCAUAUGCUAUCUCUUGGGGCAGCCAGAGCCCCCUACCCCUGGCACUGCCCUGCCUGCCCCUGACCAGAAGCGCUUCUCCCUACAGAGCUACACAGAUUACAUCAGUGUUGAGGAACUGGCCCAGGUGGAACAGAUGUUGGCACACCUGACCUCUGCAUCUGCCCAGGCAGCAGCUGCCUCCCUGCCCACCAGUGAGGAAGACCUCUGCCCCAUCUGCUAUGCUCACCCCAUUUCUGCUGUGUUCCAGCCCUGUGGCCACAAGUCCUGCAAAGCCUGCAUCAACCAGCACCUGAUGAACAACAAGGAUUGCUUCUUCUGCAAAGCCACCAUCAUGUCUGUAGAGGACUGGGACAAGGCAGCCAGUGCAAGUGCCACUUCCUCGGCUGCCUAGGCCUACCUGGCCCACACAGCAGGAACCUCUACCCUUAAACUCAAACCCAGGCUGGGCCCUAUUUAUGAGCCCCUUGCCCUGUCCCCCACGGCCCCCCACCAUGCCCUAUUUGUGCCUGAGCUUGACUUUCAGUCAGGGCCACAGUGAGCAUUAAAUUAUUAUUCCAUACA